CGUUUUGAUGUCAUAUAUUGUCAAUAACAACGAGUUAAACAAGAAAGCCGAUUACAUCAAAAUUUGUGGCAUGAUAUUGAAUUUAUUGUAAUUUAUACACAGUUAUACUAAACAUGUCCUCAAUUAAUACAGGGUAUUGCGAGAUUGUUGGUCCAGUUGGCACGGGCGAUUGUGACUACAUGGGAUCGGAGGCGAGGAACGACCACGAGCUGGCCCAGAUCAUCGCCAGCGAUGUGGUGAACGAGAUCCUGGACAACGCAAUGGGCAAGGUAAUGCAGGAGAACUCGCAGAUCGGUGACAACGUCACCGGUCCCCACGAUCUGGACUGCAUCAUCGACGCCAUGGACAAAGUUACGGACGAUGAAAUGGAAAAGAAAAAGAAUGAAGCUAUUAAGGUUCCGAUUAAAGGUACUGGAGACCAAUUGGAGUCGACGAAGGAAGUUGUACCUGAUGAUAAGAAGGAGCGUCAUCCAACUGUUGAGAAGAAGAGCCGUCUGACGGAUUUGGUCAAGAAUUCCAAGCAACUACUUUCUAAGUACAUUUUAAACGACAACAUUAGACAUGACAAUCCUGAAGACGACUAUGCUGAAAAAGUUCUAAAGGUUGUAGAGCUGUCUGAGAGCUGCGCCAAGACAGACUUAUCAAAUCCCGGUGGUGCGACCGAAGACCCAAACCUAAUCGACGAGUCGAAGGACCCGUUCAAGUCCAGCGAGGACGACGGCUCCCUGGACGACAUACAACUGGAGAAGCAGUCGGUCGACGAGCUUACGGAGACCAUGAAAAAGACGAUGACGUUCCCGAUGGCGGGAAGCUCGAGCACCAAAAGCUUCUCGAUGGCCAGCAAGUACAAGACGCUGAAGAUGACCGCCAGCGAGAUCAAGAAGAAGAAGUGGAACAUUGGAGCAAAAUUCUUGAACUAUUUGAGGAAGCACAAGGCCAAGAAGGACGUCGCUGUGAUGGACAACGUCGACGCCAAGACUGAGUGAACUACGUUUCGAUUUUUUUACGAAAUUCAUUGUACUUUUCAUUUUUAUACAGACUUUUUUUAUAAAUUUAGUAUAAUACAUUUUAUACAGUUUCUAA